UUUAAACAUAAGCUAUGUUGUGAUUAGUAGCUAUCUAUUUGAGUUGUUACAUCAAAAGUAUUAUUGAAUCAAGUUUUUUAAUCACCAGGUUUGCACAAACUUUACAGGAAAUAAUCACUUUUGUGUGCAUUUAAAAAAAUCGAUUCUAUCAGUAUCAUGGGUUUAGGUUUUCAUUCUUGAGUUUGAUACUUGUGUAGUACGAAUUAAUCAACUUUGGAUUAGUAUUGAGUUUUUGAGUUAAUACUUGGUGUGGUUUGGAUGUAGGUGUGACUUUAGAUUCUACACAUGCAUUUAAAUUCUCAAAUUUAAAGCUGAUAGUUUUCAAUGCGUAAACUAGGUAGAGGUUCUAGGAAUACUGAAACUGCCUCCUACAGGAUACAAUACGGGUUGGUACUUGUCAUUGAUAGUCGUGAUUGGGUGUCAGAGAGCAGGAGUUUUCAAGAUCCUUGAACUUUGGGUACUCCUAAAUUAAGAUCAAGUUCCUUUAACUACAGUAAUGUAGUUGUCAAGAGGCUUUGGAUGAGUUUGAAAUUCUUGUUGAAAUGGUCGAGGAGUUGAUAAAGAUCAUCAUUCUGAUCAUCAUGUGCAAGGAUUAUGGCUUUUACUGGUCAGUCGAGCUCGUUAUGAUAGAUACUAUUUCAAACUUAAGUGAGUCCUGGAGUUUUGCUUUAAGGGGCUUUCUACCUUACGAGACAAGCAUUCAACUCCUGAGCAAUGGUUAUCAUGUCACCAAGUCCUUUCUUGACUCCAGGUGCUGCACUUCCCCUGUAUCUGAAUUGGAUACAGCGAUUUCACUUUUUGGCUUUUCAGAAUCAUAUGUGGCGGUUCAUCACUGCAUAAAUUUGCAGUGACCAGGAACCGUUGAUCAGUGUAACCAUGGUCAGGGAUUUUGAUUUCGAGUCUGAAAACUUCAGUUUUGUAAGAAAUAUUAUUAAGGCAAGAGAAUUUUCGCCACAUUUCAGAUAU